UGUUUGCACAUUUGUGAAAAAAAUCUACAUGGCUGUUUGAACUAGAAUAAGGCUAAAACCCUCCAAAAAAGGCUUUAUUUGGAUUUGGUUUAUGAGUGCAUUUGAAGAAGAUAUUUAAAAGUUCUCGAGGGUCGAUUCCGACAUUCAACAUCCUCUCUCUUUUCCUUCAAUGUCAUAAUGUUUCUAUUUUUUUAUUUCCAGGUGCCUUUUCCAUAUCUGGCCGACUAUUCGUUUUCACUUUUGCACGGAAUUAUGACAAUACUCAUGACGCUCAUCUCUUAAUCGUCAACCAAUCCCCGCAAUGGGCAAUAGUCGGCAUCGAGGUACCCGGUCUUGGCAUAAGUCGUUCCGCAUUGGUGAGAAAAGAAGGCACUUCUGUUAUUACUCUGCCACCAUCAGUGAUACCAACUGAGUCAUAUGAUGGGAUCGGUGGUUAUGCAGUGGUUGUGAAUUCAUCUGUAGAUAUAUGUGUCUAUGGUAUCAAUGACGCGCAUCCUAGAUCAAUGGAUGGCUUCACUGCUCUUCCUGUAUCAACCAUCGGAAACGAAUACAUUGUAGCGUCUUACCGCCCUUGGACCGAGUCCCAGAUUAGUAUUGCAGCCAUCGAAGACAACACCGAAGUGACGAUCACUUUAUCGAAUUCCUGGAGGCAUACAAACAUUAAUUUGAAUCGAGGUGAAAAACUUCGAUUUAACUUGAAGAAAUACCAAACAGUUCACCUGAAUGGUAAGACAGACCCAACCGGUUCUCGGAUAGAAUCUAACAAACCAAUCUCGGUUUUGACUGGGUGUCGUUGCGCCUUUGUUCCCGGUGAUAUAACGUCAUGUGAUCAUCUUGUAGAGCAGCUUCCUCCAUUUAAUAAGCUAGGGAGAUCGUUUAUUGCUUCUGCGUUCAUGGGACGGGCAUCAUCCACCGUCUUUCGCCUCAUAGCAGCUAGACCAAACACUCGGGUUGACUUUUCAGAUGGUAGGAACAGAACGCUCUCUGCAGGCGGUUUCAUGGAGUUUGAAACAACUCUGAUGGAAUCGUUAUAUAUCCACGCAUCAAUGCCAUGUCUGUUGGUCGCGUAUGCCAAAGGGUUUGAAUCAGAUUCAAAGGGAGACCCUACCAUGACUAUAGUACCUCCUCUAGAUCAAGGAGUCCACUCUGCGAGGUUCAUCACAUACAAUGUGACGCGAGACGGAGAUGUUGUCAGGAGCUUCAUCACCAUCCUCGGGGAAUGCUUUGCUCUGGAGAAUGCUACAAUUGGAAAUGAAAAGAUAACUACACUGAUGGGUCGAGUCUUGUAUCAUCAGAUUGGUAGCAGCCGUUACUGCAUUGCUCGUUUACCAGUUGACAAUGGAAUUCACACAAUCUCAUGUCACCAUCACUACUUCCCAUUCGUGGCAUAUGCUUACGGCUUUGCAGACUUCAACUCUUAUUCUUUUCCAAUCGGGAUGGCGGCUAACACUUUGACGUGCAAUACAAGAGGUGUUGAGCAUUUCUGUGUGGAAAGAGUAGUAGCCAUACCUCCAGAUGAGCUGAUGAGAGAAACACUAGAACAACCUCAGUGCGAUUAUUCAGAAUGUGUCAAUCCAAUUCAUGUUAUUCUCAUCGCAGCGGCUACGGGAGCCGGGGCUAUCAUCAUUGAGUACUACAUGAGGAGGAAGUUUUCAGAAAGGCGUAAGGAACGGGAAAAGAAGCGAAGAAGAUCGAUGAUGAGGUCGGCCGCAGCAGCCAUAUCUUCACUUUCAUUCAAUCGUGAUCGUCGACCAGCAUUAACAGGAAAUGUUAACGAAGAAAGUUGAUUUGUUGUUAGCUGUGAUCUCGAUUAUUGGAUAGCACAUGAGGCAUAGAACAGACGGAAGAACACGUGAAUGAGGAGAUAAUC